UUUAUGUUUAUGGAAUAAGGUCUAACUUAAUACAGGAAGUGGGAGAAUGGCUGCAACAAAAACAGCUGCAAAAAUGGAAUCGGAUGGAAAAUCGGCAGUUAGUUCUCCAGGAAAAGCAAAGCAAACGUCUGGAUUUCUGAUGUCAAUUGUUCGCACACUUUCAUCGAGUGCUGAUUUUGAACAAAGGGAAAAGGAAAAAAAGCGCAUUGAAAAAGCCUUCCAGGAAAGUGAUAAAAAAUUAGGACUUCUAGUGAAAGAAAACUACCAGGAUUUGACCUCAAUAUUGAAAUCCUUUAGUGACAUCAGUGACAAAGUGAAUGAGUCACGAACGAAGAUCAAGAAUAUCAAAGAAGAUCUGAGCAGCUGUAAGACGCUGCUCCAUUGCAAGAGGGACGAGCUGCGCAAACUGUGGAUUGAGGGGGUGGAGCAGAAAACUAUUGCCUCUCUACUGGACCAGAUUGAACAAGUGAAGAAUGUCCCAGAGAAACUGGACACACAUUUUGCCCGGCGGGAAUACCUACAGGCUACAAACUGCAUUGUGGCGGCAGUUGCCAAAUUGGAGAGUAAUUUGUCCCACAUUGAAGCUCUGCGUGAUCUGAAGGUAGAAAUACUGGCAAGAAAAGAGCGUAUGCAUGAAGUUCUCAUAGAGGAGCUGAACAGACAGAUCUAUACCGUAUCGUCCCAGGCCUCUCAAAGUCGAACUGGGUCAGGUCGAACUGGGUCAGGCCGACAUGGUGACAUGUCUCUUAGAGUCAUGAUGGAGUUUUCGGAUGCAAGGGAUGACACACAUGUGGAGGAUGACCCUCAGAAGUUGAUCGCCUCACUUCUUGAAUCACUCUACAUACUGAACAAGACACCAGAAGCUGCUGAGGCCAUCAAGAUGAGGAUGCAUCAAGAGCUGAUAGCAAUUGUAGCAAGAGCUUCACACCAGCUGGUUGACAGUAGUGGCAGUCCAGGUGAGAACCUGAUGGGCCAGUUCCUGCCCAGACAGCUCAGUGACCUCCUAGAUAUCAUCUUCAGACAGUUCAGAAGUGUGGCCAACAUCCAUGACGUUGUAUUGGCCAAUCUACGCAAAAUUAUGCACGAGAAAGCAGAGCAAUCUGGGGUCUACAUCAAGCCUGAGAGCAUGUACACUAAAAGAGAUGUGUGGUCCAAGAUACAGGCAGUGACGGAGUUGCUACUGAAUGAGUACUUAGACGUGCGUAACACGGUGAAGUCACGACAACAGGCACCCAGUAACUAUGAGGAGGCAACUAUGGACAUUGGCACAUACUUCACUAAGAAAAAGACUCAGAAACAGAAAAAGGGAUCCCUGUUCAGGUUCGAUGCUUCAAUUCACGCUUUGAGUACCAACAGCUAUGUGGAGGACACACACCACUUUGAGAGUGAGCUGUUUGGAGGGGGCACCAUGCAUAUGGACACACCAAAACAUGUCUUUGUGUGCAAGCCAUCUGUGGACAACAUCAGAAGUAUCUACAAACAGCUGCAGAUAUUUAUCAAGGAAGUGGAGAGCUCAUCAGCCCUUCAACCUGGGGAGUCAAGCCUUAAUGAGUUUGUGAAGAACUUUGUGGAGGACACGUAUCUAGGACACAUCCACUACGUUGUCUCCAACAAUAUAGACAUCGCCACAAAAGUGGACGAAGAAGAGGAAAGUUUUGAUGCUCUAAGGAAUGUGAUAGAUCACAAGACACAGAAGGAGCUGGGGGUGCCACGCCCACUUUUACAGAGCACAGUGACAGUGGACAAGAGUGUCUCUGAGCUGAAGGAUUUGAUGACAGAGCUACCUGACUAUGCUGACCAGUUCCUGAACAUGAUAUGCAAUGUGUUACGUGGAUACAGGGACACCUGCCAUAACGCUUACAGAGGCAUAGUGCAGUAUGAUGCUGAUGAGAAGAGAGUUAUCAGUGCUAUGUGGGCCAAGGAUGAAGACAUAAGUCGCUUUCUCAGGUCUCUACCAAGCUGGCGCACACUGCAGCCGACCAAUGGGCAGGAGUUGAACCGCACGGUGUGUUCAGAGGAGGAGAUGCGGGCCCUGAACUCCAAAGAGGCGGUGAUCCUCAUAACAAACCUGUCGUCUGACGAGGCGUUCAUACCGCAGCAUGAGAUCAUCACGGAUGUCACCCAGAUGAGGACGGUGGCCAACGUACAUGAGAGUCUGGAAUGGUUUGCAGUUCGUCUCAAGAACUUCUCCAUCACCAAGGCGACCCAGGCCAGUCAGCAACUUGUGGUUGAAUCUCCCGUCUAUGAUAGCUCCCCCAAAGUAUCACAGAAAACACUCGAGUCCCUGAAUGGUAUUGUGAAGGACUUCCAAGACCUCUCUGAGGUCUGUCUACUCCUCCUGCACCUGGAGGUCAGAGUGCACUGCUUCUACUAUCUCAUGCCAGUGGCCAAACAGUCCAACUAUGCGGGACCCAUAGAUGACCUUGACCCAGAUUCCAAUGUGCUCAAACUGAACAAGGACCUGUCUGGGAUUGAGGAGCUCCUGGCAGCAAGUCUGCAACCCAGCAAGUUCAAGUACAUAUUUGAGAGUCUGGGCUAUUUGGUGGCAUCCAUUCUUAUGAACAGUAUGCAAUUUAUCAAGAAGAUUAAUGAAAAUGGAAUCAAGAAAAUGUGCCGUAACCUGUUUGCCAUACAACAGAACCUGACCAACAUCACGAUGUCUCGAGAGUCAGAUUUGGACCACGCUAGACAGUACUAUGAACUGCUGUACCUAAACCCUGAAAAAAUCCUGACCCUUAUAGCUGAGAAGGGUUCCCAGUUCACGUUGGCAGAGUACAGUCAGCUGCUACAGCUGUACCACCGCAGUCACUUCACCGUGGACCAGGCUGUAGUAGACGCGCACUUGAAGCGCCUCAGAGAGGUCACAGAGAAAGGUCAUAAUGAGACCGUGUGAUUAGAUUGGAUGCAAUGGGACAUGUAAUUGGAUGCUACAGGAUGGUGCGAGACUGUGUGAUUAGAUUGGAUGCAAUGGGACAUGUAAUUGGAAGCAACAGGAUGGUGCGAGACUGUGUGAUUAGAUUGGAUGCAAUGGGACAUGUAAUUGGAUGCUACAGGAUGGUGUGAGACUAUGUGAUUAAGUAGGAUGUUAUGGGACUAUGUGAUUUGAUGUCAUAAGAUUGUGAAAUUGCUUUUGAUGUUAUGGAACCAUAUGAUUGGAUUUCAUGCCAAAUGACACCAUAAUACAGCUUCUCGCUACAUCAAAAUCAGAGUAAACUUACUUAAAGAUGACUUGUCAUUUAUGUCACAUAAUUUUUUAGGCAAUUAUUUAUGUGAGAAUGACCUUGAUUCUAGUUCCACAAUUAAUUUAGCAAAAGAAAUAUCAAUGUGACCUUGACCUUGAUCUUAGUUCCACAAGCAAUUUUUUAUGGAAUAUCAAUGUGAAUCUGACCUUGAUCAAAGUUUCAUGAGCAAUUUUUCUUAAGAAUAUCUAGUUGAUUCAGCAAAGUCCAUAAUGAUUUUCUUUAAGGAAUUUCACUAUGACCGGGAACCUUAAUUAAGUCUUAUUAAACUUUACUAAAGAGGUUACAAACAUUUUAGUUAUACAUGUUAGUGCUAUUCUUGUCUGUUUGUUAUUGUAUAGAAAUUAAUUUUAUGUACUCAUGAGUGUUUAUAUGAUAUUUGCUAUAUGUGUAUUAUUAUUUUAUUAUUUAUACAUUGAUGGUUUUGUGUUGAUGUUGAUUUUUAUCAGAGAUACUGCAGUGGUAUGCAUGUGUGAUGCUAGUUUACAACAUCACAAAACACACAACAUGUAUGCUAUGCUCAUAUAAAGGUUUAAACGGUUAUCAACUUGUCAAAUUAUGCACUGUUAUAAAAGUAUUGCGUUUUGUCUCGUUAGUAUCCUAUUAAAUGUAUAAAACAUGGUCAAUUUUAUUAGAAACCUUUUCUUAAAUUUUAAAUUUGCUGUUACAAAAAUGGUCAUGGUUGCUUGUGGUAUAUCUGAUUGUAAACAUUAUUUGAGGUCUAUGUGAACUGAAAUUGUCUUACCAUCUCGUAUAAUUAAUGAGAUGUUAAGCACAACUUUAGUGAUUCUCUUUAAAUUUGAUGGAGACUCCUACAAUUGGACUGCAUUGUGGGAAAACUGGACUUAUAGCAUUUGCAUGAAGUGUCGUCCCAGAUAAGCAUGUUCUGUGCAAUGCCCUUCAGCUAAUCAGGGACGAAACUUUUGGCUUUGAUUGUAUUUUUCAUUUUAAGGAACACUCUUCUGAGCCAAAAUCCAAUUGAGGCAGAAAGAAUCAUACCUGAUUAGCCUCAGUGAAUUACACAAGCUAAUCAGGGACAACACUUUACGCGCAGGCAUUUAGUUACGUUUUUUCAGUGCGAGGCUUAAUUAUAUAAACAUGUUUUUAGCUCACCUGUCACAAAGUAACAUAUGAGCUUAUGUGACUGUGUGAUGUCCGGCGUUCGUUGUGCGUGUGUGCAUGCGUGUGUCCGUCAACAAUUUGUUUGUGUAGACAGUAGAGGUCACAGUUUUCAUCCAAUCUUUAUGAAAUUUGGUCAGAAUGUUUAUAUUGAUGAAAUCUGGGUUGGGAUUGUAUUUGGGUCAUCUGGGGUCAAAAACUAGGUCACUAGGUCAAAUAAUAUAAAAACCUUGUGAAGACAAUAGAGGUCACAGUUUUCAUCCAAUCUUUAUGAAAUUUGGUCAGAAUGUUUAUCUUGAUGAAAUCUGGGUUGGGAUUGUAUUUGGGUCAUCUGGGGUCAAAAACUAGGUCACUAGGUCAAAUAAUAUAAAAACCUUGUGAAGACAAUAGAGGUCACAGUUUUCAUCCAAUCUUUAUGAAAUUUGGUCAGAAUGUUUAUCUUGAUGAAAUCUGGGUUGGGAUUGUUUUUGGGUCAUCUGGGGUCAAAAACUAGGUCACUAGGUCAAAUAAUAGAAAAACCUUGUGUAGACAAUAGAGGUCACAUUUUUCAUCCAAUCUUUAUGAAAUUUUUGGUCACAAUGUUUAUCUUGAUGAAAUCUGGGUUAGGAUUGUAUUUGGGUUAUCUGGGGUCAAAAACUAGGUCACUAGGUCAAAUAAUAGAAAAAACCUUGUGUAGACAAUAGAGGUCACAGUUUUCAUCCAAUCUUUAUGAAAUUUGGUCACAAUGUUUAUCUUGAUGAAAUCUGGGUUGGGAUUGUAUUUGGGUUAUCAAGGGUAAAAAACUAGGUCACUAGGUCAAAUAAUAGAAAAACCUCGUGUAGACAAUAGAGGUUAUAGUUUUAAUCUGAUCUGUCUGUCAUUCAUUGUGUGUCCCAAAACUUUAACCUUGGUUAAAGUUUUGCAAUAACUUUUGCAUUAUUGAAGAUAGCAACUUGAUAUUUGGCAUACAUGUGUAACUCUAGCAACCCCAGCAGAUCUUAUCUUAUCAGUGGAAGAUCUAAGAAAAUCAGCUAAUCUGCAUAGUGAUUCCAUUACAAGUUAUUUUAAUAAAUCAUCUUAUUUAAAAUCAAAUUAAUAUAAAUGCAGAUUGAAAGAAAAAUCAAUUCUCUUUAAUAUGAUAUAAAUUUUAAUAAUCAUUAAUUUAUAUUCGCUGCUUUAUUGGAUUCAAGUACAACGUCAGUGUCCCAUUUCUUUUGUUUACUGCAUUUUAAUUGUAUUUGAAUAUUAAUGAUUUUUCCACAGCAAGAAAUUUGAUUGGUUAAACUUCAAUCUUGUUUUUGAAUGACAUAAAUGGGAUAUCCCUACGCUGAAAUAUAGUUUCGUAAAAUUUAACGUUUAAAAUACGCUUUUGUUUAACGUUUUUUUACAUUAACUUAACAUUCAAUCUUUCAUCUUUAUUUUGAUACCAAAAUCAUUUUUCGGAACAAAGAAUUAAUACCUCGCAUCUUUAUUUGAAAUGGGUAACCCCCAACAUACUCGGGUAAAGAAUUUCCAAGAUGGCGGUCGUGUCAAAUUUUCCAUGUUCAUGACGCGAUAAAAGGCCUCGUUUUCCGCAUAAACUAACACAAAUAAAGGUAUUUUCUGUAUCAUUCAUCCGGUAUGUACUCAUUUUAUUUUAAAUUAAAAAGUUUAUUGUUAAAACGUACAAUUGUCAGUAAUUUCCGCAUUAAAUAACUUAAUUAAGAUUCGCUCCACUCGCAAAAGAAAGUUGUCAAAGAAUUGAAUUUUACAAAAUUUAUUUUAUCUGUUAUUGCACGGAAUAAACCAUUAUUUCGAAUUCAAGUUAAGUUAACACUUAAUUUAUGACACACUUAUUCAAUUUUUACGCAAUAUAUAACUAGAAGAAAGUUUAAUGCACGUAAAUUUUUUUUACCGAGUUGAAAACGUAUAUAGAAAAUCAGUAUAUCAAAAUCCUGUUAAGCCUCGUGCCAGACAUUAGUUUGUCAAAGGAGCGAACUGUGCUGUCCAAAAUAAACCUAUAUUAUAUAUAUUCCUAGUAGUACUAAUAGUAUAUCUUACAACUGUUAAAAUAAAAAUAAUAUAGUUAAAAACUUCACUUAAUAGUUAUUAAGCUUGCAAUUGUUACAGUAGUUUAUAAACAAUGUACUGUGGUAACUUUAUAUUUGUUAUUUAGUGUUGUUGAUAGUGUUGAUAUUGAAACAUUUUGUGACUGGAAAAAUAAAAAAUUGCAAAAUAUA